AUGUCUACCGCCUUCGUUCAGCGCCCUGCGCCCGACUUCACUGCCACCACCCUCUACCCUGGUGGCGAGUUUAAGGACAUCUCGCUGUCCGAGUUCAAGGGACAAUGGGUCGUCCUCCUCUUCUACCCCAUGGACUUCACCUUUGUCUGCCCGACCGAGAUCAUCCAAUACAACAACGCGCUUGAGCGUUUCCGCGCCAUCAACACCACCGUCCUCGGUGUUUCGACCGACUCCCACUUCACCCACCUCGCCUGGGUCGAGAAGCCUCGCAAGCAGGGUGGUCUUGGUCCCGACCUGGAGCUCCCUCUCGUCGCCGACAAGUCCCACAAGAUCUCUCGCAGCUACGGCGUCCUGAUCGAGGACGAGGGUGUCGCCCUGCGCGGUCUCUUCAUCAUCGACCCCAAGGGUGUCCUCCGACAGAUCACCGUCAACGAUCUCCCCGUCGGUCGCGACGUUGAGGAGACCAUCCGCCUUGUCAAGGCCUUCCAGUUCACCGACGAGCACGGCGAGGUCUGCCCUGCUGGCUGGCAGGAGGGUGGCAAGACCAUGAAGGCCGACCCCAAGGGCAGCCUCGAGUACUUUGCCGCCCAGGGUGAGGCUACCAACGGCAACGGAGAGUCUCGCAAGCGACAGCGCGCGGAAUAG